GAAGAUCUCAUCUUCGAACCAUGGCAACAAGCCGACGACAUGUCAUGGUGCUGCUCGCGAUGUGCCUCCUCGUCUUAUUGCAUGUGAAAGAUGCGACAGGGCAGAAGAUCAAAACUGGCGGCUUGACGCAGCCGGCAAGUCACACUCCCAGCGCCACGCCGCCGCUGGAUUCGCCCGAAAUGCUGGCUGGAGUUGCCGCCAAUGACAAACCAUCCACGGAGCUCAAAGCAAGCCUUCGGUCUGGCCAAGAUGUCCAUACCAGUUCUUUUGAUGUCGCAACUUCGAUUGUGACAACACGCGUUCCGUCGUUGCUUUUCGAUGAUCCUCUCGACGACGGAGACCAAUUCGAAUUCGACGACAUCGACUUGGACGACGAGGCCGCCGCCGACACUGCCGACGGCGACAGCGGCAGGACGGCGUGGUGCACAGACAUUGGACUCACGUUCGAGCUGGACUUCCACUCGGCGUUCGCCGACCUGCGCGGGUUUGGCCACAACUUUAACCAGCGCCUGACGAGCGACCUCGACGACGCAUACUCCAUCUUGUUUCGCGACUUGAGUCCGUCCCAGUUCGCCGCCGGAAAGCCGUUCGUCGUGUUCUCAGCAUGUUCGCCUUCCACUUCCGCCACACCGACCAACACGUCGUGGCUCACGGCGUUUCGCUUGAGCUUCCGCCCGUUUCUGGAGACUCAGGGCACCACGUUGCUCCAAGCGUCGUCCGGCCAAGCGGGUGCUUUAAGCGAUCUUGUCGUGUACGAAGCGCCCCUGGAUGACGAGUCCGUCGGGGCCGCCAAAGUCGUCGUCUGGCCCACCGCCGCGACCAUCUCACUCGUGCCAGCCGAUUCCAACGGCGUGCCGACGAUUCAGUUGGCGCUGCGCGUGCAAAACACUGGCGCGCUGCCCGUCCGCGUGUUCCAAGUGGUCUGUCACGACGUCCGUGGCUUCCGCGACACUGUCCUGUCGAUCUCCCCCACUUUCGUGGUGGCUCCAACGUCAGACAAGUUGCUAUCACUCAAUGGCCCCCUCGUUCCAUCGUCGUUUUCUCGCAAAGACGAGCAUGCAGAAGCGCCCAUGCGGCUGCAUGUGGUGCAGAGCUCUGGGGCGUUCAUCGACGUCGGCGUGGUCGCGACCGUCGUCCAUAUGCCGUCGGCUUCCCACAACACCAACGGCAAGCAUGACGAUGAUGAUGUAGUCAACGAAGAGUGGCUUCACAUCGGGACGACUGCCGCCGUCCCCCGCGGCGCGUCCGUCCGCCACUCUGCCAAGGACCACUCGUCACCUCUCGACACUUCUUCGUCCCAGAAAACGCGAAUGGACACGUCGAGUCCGUCGGCCGACGUCCGGCCGAUUCGAAUCGUCGGCAGCGAUGCUGCCACUGCCGCAUCAAAUGAAGAGCUUCCCCUCUCGGCGUUUCCAUCUUCGUCUUGGAAAGCGGCGUCGACGGUGUUGUUAGUCGGAGUGUUUGGCUACACGGCGUUCUUUGUGUACGGCAAACUUCGGCACCGCGGCGGCAGGUCGUCGAUCGGGUUCAAGCAACAGAAAACGGCGGCGGCGCGGGGCCAUCCGCGGCACGCAAAGGACAAGGAGUGCGAAAUGAUGCUGCGGACCUCGAACGACGACGAACCACCGAGCAGCCCCCGUGACGACCGUCCGUCCAAAGCAUCGGCACCUCCUCCAAUCCAACUCAACCAGUCAUGGGGGCGACUACCGCCGCCGUCUACCACCGCCGCGCCUCCGCUCCAACCGCAAGCCAUGCGCCCUGUCGUCGAGGUGGCGGCCUACCAACUGCAGCUGGAUGCGACUGUGCGGCUGCACCCGAAGCGGUUCGAGUCGCUGUGGGAAGAAAGCGUCGAGCGCAAGGCGUGGACGCAAUCCGCCGACGAUAGCGGCAUGUUGCCGCCCACGGGGGUGGUCAUCCAAGUGCUGGAAAGCCAGGGCAUAUUGUGUAUGGCCAGUGGUUCGGUCGCCAAAGUCGAAAAGUAUCUGUUUUAUGCGUUCGAGGUACUAGUACCUGUAUAGUUUGCAUGGCUAUAUAGAGAGCGAUAUAUGACGGCGCCAUCGUGGAACUGGUGUGGUUAGGUGGCAGCAGGUCAGUUUGUGUUUGUGGAAAUGGUGGCCAACCCCGUGUCGUUGGAGAUCGCCACGAGUGUGCGAUGCCACCGCGAUGUGGCGGCGACGGCGGUGGACGCUGUAGCGGCGCUGGUACAUGCCCUCGUUGAAGCCAUGUUGGACUCUAUGAGGACCCGAAGGAGUGGUGGUGGCGGUGCAUGAGAAGGCUCGUGGUGGUGGUGUCAUCGGCUGUUUGCUUGUCAACAACUCCCCAUCCCAUGCACUCACUGUACAUGCAUUGCCCAUGUGCAGUAAGAUGAUCGGUACAGUUCAGCGGCAAACCUCAACUUGUUUUCAGCCAAUCAAAACGUAGUUGUUGAAUUAUAGCCAAUCAAGAAAUAGAUCUUUGAUA